AUGCGCUGUCACAGCGGUUGCUGGGUUUCUCUGUGCUUAUUGCUGCACAGUUGGCCAGUCAACGGUCAAGAUGAUGGAGCCGCCGCGGUGCUGGAGGUACGCGUGGUCAGUGCGCAGAUUAUGGAUCCCAGCGUGUCGAUAGGGCUGGUGUGGGUGGGCGCCGCGAUGCAGUUGGCCCUACAGCGCGCCAACGAGAAAUAUGCUGAACGAGGGUUACGCUUUGUGGUGCGGCCCGUGGAGGCCAUGUACAACCAGACCUGUCGGACGGUGGGCGCUGCAGGGAUUCCAUUCUUCACCGAUUACUACUACCGGCACAACCUGGACCAGCACACGCCGGACACGUGCGAUAUCUACUUCACUAACACGUGCGUGGACUACUUCCAGCUGUUAUGCUUAUCGGACGAAUGGAAUGCCUUCUUUUUCAACAGUGGCAUUGCAACGCAAGCCUCCCUUCCCCCUUUGCCGACUGACUCCCACAUGUUAAAUCUGGCGGGAACGGAAGUGGGUCUGGCGCGCACUUUAUGGGGAAUCCUUAAUUACUGGGGCUGGUCGCACGUGGCGUUCUUCCUGGACACGCGCGCCACCACCAUUCUCUACUCCAGCAUCCUUAGCGCCGCCAAGGCUUUGGCGCUCCAGGAUGGCCGCGCCAACAGCAACGCUACCAUUGCCACCUAUCCUUUCCAGGCCAAUGACAACGCCUCAGUUAUAGAGGGAUUAUUGCGCGCGACGGAGAACAGCCGCGUCUUCAUCCUGUGCGCCUCCGGGUCGGCGGCCUAUCAGAUAAUGGAUUUAGCCAGUCAGCUCGGAAUGACAAACGGGGAAUACGUAUUUUUCAAUGUGCAGUCCGUGCAGAACGAUUAUUAUGGAAAAGCUUCUCUCUUCAACAAUCCAACGCCGCUGAUGUUCAACCUAACGUGGAAUUUAAUCUACCUCACCGUUCACGAAUCCGAUGGCACUGAUGACGAGCGCCAACUGAACGGUGAACUGCGUCAAUUGGCCUAUGAGCUUUACAAUACCACCUAUGAGUCAGGAUCCCAGCCGUUGAGCAAUUACGCGACGCGCAUGGCCUACACUUCCUUUGAACUGAUCAGCCGCGUUUUCUCCGACAAUAUGGACAAAUACCGUGACAUGACGAGUGCGCAACGCGCUGCAUUUUGCGACGGCCACCACCUGGCUUCGCUUUUCUACAACCGCACCGUCAAACUGUCACUCACCGAAGUUCAAGUUGAUGGCAAUGGAUUGUCCACCAUGGACGUGGACAUCUGGAUGUUCGACUCAAAGACAAGAAAUAUGAGCGUAUUUGCAGUGUAUCGUUCUGUCAAUGGCACCUUCGAGCUGAAGAACACGUCGGUGAUUGACUGGCCUACCGGCACUCCACCGCUGGACGUUCCGCUGUGUGGCUUCUCUGGAUUGGAAGGACCUUGUCGGAAUGGCGUUUUGGCGGGAUCUGUUUUAAACGUCGCUCUUCCGGUUGCCGUGGGCGUGGCAGUGGUGGUGCUGGCUGCUUCCUGUGGGGCAUUAUUUGGUGUUCGAAAACGAGCUCGUCGCAAUUCUCGCUCGCGCUACUGGUGGCUAAUUAGCGAGAAAGAGCUGGACGGCAAUCUCAUGAGCGGAGCCGAAGUGGCCAAUCCGGUCUCGUGGAGAAGGAGGACGGUUUGGCUGACGGCACUGGAGGUCCAAGGACGAGCAAAUCUGCCGCUAUUGUCGCAGCUGGUACCAGACACAACGCAUGCGAAUGUCAAUACCCUGCUGGGAAUUGUUGUUCUGCCGCAUCGGGCAUUCCUUCUGUCGGAUUACUGUAAACGCGGCUCAUUGGUGACGCUGCUGGAAGUUAUGAAACUGGACCAGGAUUUUCAACUGGCGAUGGCGCGCGAUCUGGCUAGGGGCCUGAGUUAUUUACACGGCACCAUUGGCCGACCGCACGGCUGUCUCAGCUCCGACUCCUGCUUCAUCGAUGAUCGCUUCACACUGCGUAUCGGUCAAUUCGGCUUCACCGCCAUCGGUCACGCUCUUUUGCCGGUUAAAGACGUUGACGCCAUUGACUGCAUAAAAGCAUUGUCUCUACCGGCUGACAUCUACGCGGUCGGCCAGAUACUUUUGCUGAUCAUCCACCAGUCCGCUAGCAAGAUCCCAUCCAAACUGCCGGCCAAGGCGGCAGGAUUUGAGACCGACGAAGAAGACAGUGAAUCGGCGGACUACGAUAUUCAGCGGCGCCUGACAUUGCUGGCCAACCGGUGUCUCCACACCAACGUAGCGCUGCGUCCGACCGCUAAACAAGUCUUGACCGCCAUCGGGCGGCUGCGGGUCCCCGGUCAGAAGGCGUCGAGCAACAUCGUCGACAGCAUCAUUCGCCGCUUUGAAACUUACACCCUGACGCUGAACGAGGCGGUACUGAUAAAGACUGAGGAACUGCAGACCGAGCGGAAGAAGUGCGACGAUCUGCUCAGAGAACUUCUGCCUAAAUCCGUGGUAGAUCAGCUGCGCAACCGGGAAUCGAUGGUGGCGGAAUACUAUUCCUGCGUCAGCGUCUUCUUCUCCGACCUGGACGGCUUCGUUGCCUGGGUGAGCCGUGCACGACCGGAGCUAGUCAUUGAGACGGUGACGACCAUGUUUAGCGCUUUUGACGGGGCCAUCCAGGAAAUGGACGUGCACAAAGUGGAGACGGUGCGCGACAGCUACAUGGUAGUCGGUGGGAUCCCUAAUCUUGGCGACAACGAGCACGUCAGGGAGAUUUGCCGGAUGGCCAUCAAACUAAUGAAAGUCUUCGAAAGCAGCGGACUGUCUACUAAUAACACGGCAAUAUCGACGGAGGACAACUCGGCCGCAGUACACACGACGCAUCUACUAUGGGAGCCGGUUGCGCUGCGACUGCGGUGCGGCGUUCACUCGGGUCCCUGUGCUGCUGGAGUGAUUGGGAUGCGAGUCCCGCGUUACUGCCUGUUCGGUGACACGGUGAACGUGGCAGCCCGAAUGAACAGCCAUGGUGAAGGUGGCCGCAUUCAUCUCAGCCAGGCCAGCCACGAUCUUCUUCUUAGUUACGACAACGACCGCCGUUUCUUGCUUCAAGAGAGAGGACUGCUGUUCGUUAAGGGCAAAGGGGAGAUGCGCACGUUCUGGCUUUUGCGUUGACGUCGGUGACAUCGGCUGCACCGUACGAGGAACAAACCAAACUGGACAAUGGACGCCAGUCAAAAUAUUCACGCUGUUAUUCAACCAUUUCUUUCCAACUUCUUUCUAAACGGGGCAAUACGCUUCUUCUGAGUGUCGUUCCUUAGAUUUGGUGUAAAACGUUCUGCAGGUUCACAGCCGUUUCUAAGUACAAGAACAAUUAAACUCACUGGGAAAAUUGCGUGACCGAGAUCACG